UAAUUCGUGAACAUAAAUCCUCUUCGAAAGCAUUACGCUUCACCAACCUAUUCACAAAAUUACAAUCUCAGUCUAUCGUGACGCGUAAAUGGUCAAUAUUAUAUUUUUUACUAUCAGUUAGUGAACAGUUAAGCAGUGGUGAAGUAACUGGAAGUGUAAACAAUCAAGCAUUUGCAUAUCGCGGAUUACAAGAUAUUUCUAAGUCUCUGGAAUUUGAAAAAAUUAAAUCAACAUCCGAAGAGUUAAAAAAUCGGUUCGUGCCGAAUGUAUCACCUCUACCAAAACAGUCUUCAAAUUAUUCAAAAGAAAAGGAGCUACUCCCACCUAAAACAAUACUAACUAAGCAAUUGGCAACAUUAGAAAGUAGUAAGCUACUUAUUUCUAAGAAUAACGAGAUUCCUGAAGCUUUAUUGUUGCGUGAUAUUGUAUUUAUAUUUCAAGGAAUCGAUGGGCAAUAUAUUAAAUAUGAUAAAAGUUCGUCUUAUAUCAUCGAUUCGAAGACCGAAAUUACCCGAUCCCCCCGUAGCCUUUUACAUCAACUCUCGGAGUUAGGAUGGCUUUAUCGACGUGUAAAUGACUUCGUAUACACAAAUGUGAAUGAUACAUCUAUUGGUCUGGUUGGUCAGGCCUUUUGUUCUGCUUUACAACGUGAACUGACGGAAUAUUAUAGAUUCAUUGCCGUUCUUGAAGCACAAGUUGCGAAAGUAGCGGAUGGUCAGCAAGUUGAAUCUCAUGGAACUUCAUUGAAACGUUUAUUUGUAUGGACUCAAGAGUCCUUGCUAAAAUUACGGAUGAUGUCCGUAUUGGUGGAGUGUUGUAAGCAAGUACGAGGUGGAGCUUUGGUAUCGACGAUCUAUAAUUACACAAACCAUGGAGAUCCGUUUAUUCAGCAGUUUAUUAAUAAUACGCUUGAAGAGGUUUCUAGACCGUUCUUUGAAAUGCUUCAGCGCUGGAUUUAUGGCGGUGAACUAGAGGAUCCUUUCGAAGAAUUUUUUGUUGCUUGUGAUCCAAAUGUUGAAGAAGAAGAUUUGUGGCAGUCAAAAUAUACUAUUCGACCAGAUAUGCAACCAACUUUCAUUAGUUCUUUACUUGCCAAAAAAAUAUUUGCCAUAGGAAAAUCACUCAACUUUAUUAGAUAUAGUUGCCAUGACAGUGAUUGGGUAGUCACAAAUGCAGGAGCUGAUAAGGGCAAGCUGUUGAAAUAUGGUGAUAUUAUAGCGUUAGAAAGUUCUAUAGACGCAACUUAUACUGCUACAAGUCAGCGACUUCUUAAUAUUUUAUUCACGAAAUAUAAACUUAAAGAACACUUUACUGCCUUGAAGCGUUACUUAUUACUCGGUCAAGGUGAUUUUAUACAACAUUUAAUGGCCCAACUUGGACCAGGCCUUUCAAAACCUGCAAAUACACUCUAUCGUCAUAAUCUUACUGGUACUUUGGAAGCAGCUAUCCGUGCAUCAAAUGCACAAUAUGAUGACCCUGACAUCCUUCGUCGAUUGGACGUUAGACUCCUUGAGUCGUCUUUUGGGGAAGCUGGUUGGGACGUUUUCAGUUUGGAUUAUCAUGUUGACUCACCUAUAAAUACUAUUUUUACGCCACAUGCGAUGCAGCAAUAUCUUCAACUAUUCAAUUUCUUAUGGCGUUUAAAGCGAGUCGAACAUGAUAUGUCGUCCGCUUGGCGCCGUAAUAUGGCUAGCGCAAGAAACUUAUCCCAAAUCGAAGAAUUGAAAAAAGAUAUAAAUACAAGUAGAUUAGUUUGCAGCGAAAUGAUACAUUUUACAUGCCAAUUGCAGUAUUAUAUUUUGUUUGAGGUUAUUGAAUGUUCAUGGGAUGAACUUGUUAAAGACUGUACAAAGUCAGGAGACUUGGAUUCACUUAUCGAAGCUCAUAAUAAAUAUUUAACAAAUGUCACUACAAAAGUCUUUUUGGGUACCUCAAAUAAUCAAGUUAUUAAACAUAAUUCAAUUUAUAUUGCAGUACAAAAAUGGUUUGGUAAAGAUGAAUUGCAUAAUUUCAGUUUGAAAGAAAUUUUACGCAAGGACAAUACCAACAGAGAAAAUCAUAGAAUGAUUCAAGAACAUUUAACUGAAGUUGCUGGUCUUUUCAAACGCGAAGUAGUUAACUUACUAAAUGAUCUGGCUACACAUCAUGAUACAGAUCUGAGAUUUCUUAGUGUUCGCCUUGAUUUUAACGAAUUUUAUCGUAAAUUAGAAAAUGGAAACC